AACCUUCAACUUGUUUAUUUGAGGAGAAGAAAGGGUGGGUAUUUUUAGUCGUCGAAUCACUUGCCCUUCCCAGACUCGAUAGUCUCAGUAUUCUACAAGUAUACAUAGUCGAUGUCAGGUGUUGUAGCGCAACUAGAACGUUUUGAAAAUUCGAGAUAUGACCCGAAGUCAUUUUUGGUUUUCCCCUAAGUGGCCCCCAAAACGACUUGACCGACCCAGUAGUGUUAAUCAGCUGUUGUGUAUUGUGAAGAAGGCGGAUGAUUAUUGUGCAGAAAAGGACAAAUCGUUAGAAAAAUUUACCAUGGCAGAACUUUCCGUGGACCAUGGGAACAGCUCCCUCGACUGUUCGCGGACAGGGUUCAUGCCAUUUGAUGACAAUAUGGCAUAUGCAUCAACCAAAAUGACCAAGUCUGUUGCUGAGUGUCAGGAGUCGAUCUCCAGUUCUCAGUUAGAAGUCCAAAAUGUCCGUUCUCCUGACCAGACAGAUGAAGGUUUAAGGAGAAACAAGUAUCACUGGAACUUUUUUAAUUUCUACAAUUCACCGACCAUUCCUGAAUCGGAUGAAGAGCUCGAAGGUGCCAAAGUCAGUACAAAUGGUUUAUCAGAACCAACCAUCCCAAUAGCACCUCCUUCACCCUUACCACUGAAAGAAGAUGGCACUGUCUUAGAACCUAUGUCGUCAGGCUCCAAAUACAAAGCUAAGCCCGGGAGCAGCCUCUCUGCGGAGGUCAUGAGACAACAAUUAACUGGUGCCCAGUUUUCUAACUUUUCUGAUCUACUGAAUUCAAAUGAAGUAUUCAAAUCUCUUGAAAGAGGACAUUUGGACAGCUACACCCUUAGGAAAGCAAAUUCGUUGACAGAAGUUGACUUCUUGGAGGAUUCUUUUCGGGAAAGAAAGAAUUCUGGCUCAUCUUCAACUUCCCUUCCACCAACCCCUGCCGGGUCACCAAAACAGUUGCGACGAGCUUCUUCGGCUUCAACCCUGCACCAUCUGCGAAGUGUUCCUGACAAAAUAAAGGAGAGUGCCACAAUGCAGAACAGUAGCGACAAUGCUUUGAUUAAGCAUGAUUAUGACUUGGUCCCUGUUGUGAAAAAGGAAAGAAGUGCUUUUAAAGACACUGUUAAACCCACUGAAUCUAGGACUCUAGAACACAGUGACAGGACUACAUUCUCCCGAAGCUCAGAAUCUCUGUUCACUAAAUUUCAUAAAUGGGGAACUACUUCACAAGUGAAAAUUACAAAUAAAGACAUCAAUGCUUGGGCACCUGGAGGAUUUUAGUUUUUAUGUUUUGUUAACAGUGAACUGUUUAAUAAUCUGAUUUUUAAAUGAUUAUCGAAAAGUUAUUUGUAUGACUAUUGGUUCUUUGAAAAGUUAUCACUCAUAAAUUCAUACUACUGAAUUAUAUUUUUUAUUUUGCCAUAUUUAAGUUUAAUAAUUUCCUACCUUAAAAUAAUGAUGGCAAUCGCAUACAUGCACAAGUAUUUAUAUAAAAGUGUUGAUGGAAUUCGUACAUUAAUCAGACCUGUGUAGAAGUAUUGCAUUCUGUCCUUCAUAUUUAAAUAUUUUGUACAAUGUAGAUAUAUUUUGUGUCUGAUCUUUUUAAAGCCUGCAUGUAAAACUUGAGGGAGUUCCAGUUUCAGAAUAACUUUUAUGUGGGAUAUUCGAUUUUCUUUUGAUACAUAGACAAAACUCUAGUCCUAUUUACAUUUGAAGAUGUACAUUAAUAUAACAUUUUCCUCUCAUUGUGUGAAAACUCAUUGUCAUUCUCUUCAUUAUCAUCAUUUGAUGCAUUUCUUGUUUUGUACACUUUAGUACUGGAAAGGAGAUUUCAUAGUAAGACUUAUCCAACUUCUGAGCUAGUUGAUUUAAGUCGAAUUCACAUUAGUUCUGAUUUUACUGUGUUAUGCUGUGUUCUCCAAUGUACAUGUGUUUCUGUAUGUGGAUGUGAUUAUGUUGUGCAGUUAGUCACUGCCACGUGAUCCAAUACAGAUGUCAGGUUACCUCUUAGUCAUGUUAGUACCAGUAUUAGGUCCAGUCUGUUGUGAACACUAAGUGGGUGUUAGUGAAUAAGUUUGUAUUUCCAUAUUGAAACUGUCAUUUAUAAAGAAUUACAAGGUAUUUCAGUGUAGAUUCAUAUUGGGAAAUAUAGGUUUGGUGUAAAGCCUUGUGAGUGGUGUUGUCAGCAUUGAUUUGUAUUAUCAGAAUUAUAAAUUCCGUAUGUAUAAUGACUGUUUCACAAAACAGACUACCAUUAUUUGUUCUCAAAACAUGUUAUAAAGAACCUUACUUGAUGAGUUAUUUGAAUAUGUCAUUUGUCACAUUUAUGGGCGGUGAACAUCUGAUGUAAUUAAUCACUUGUUGCUUUCAUAAUCUCAUAAAAUUGUAACAUGUGGAUUUCAAAAACUUGAAAGUUACCUCCCUUGUCUCUGUUGCUGUACACCACAGAAAUAUGAUAUAUGUAUGCAUUUACAUAGGUAAAGAUGUACUAAACGGAAUAGGCCGUUGUAUAUCAUCAUUAUCAAAUAAGGGCAGAGUCUAUUAAAAUACACAUGUUUAUAUAAUUAUUCAAUAUAAUAUAUAUCUGUCUCAUUUGAAAUGUUCAUGCUGUGAAAUCAACAGCUUGAUUGUUCUUUAAUAUUAUUAUUAAUAUUUCAUAAAAAAAUCAUAUUUAA